CCGGGAAGAUGAGCACCUGCGGGAGGAAGGCGCUGACCCUGCUGAGCAGCGUCUUUGCCGUCUGCGGCCUGGGCCUCCUGGGCAUCGCCGUCAGCACCGACUACUGGCUGUACCUGGAGGAAGGCGUGGUCCUGCCCCAGAAUCAGAGCACUGAGGUCAAGAUGUCCCUGCACUCGGGCCUCUGGCGGGUCUGCUUCCUGGCAGGUGAGGAGCGGGGACGCUGCUUUACCAUAGAAUAUGUGAUGCCCAUGAACUCCCAGCUGACGUCCGAGUCCACAGUCAAUGUUCUAAAAAUGAUUCGCUCGGCCACACCAUUCCCUCUGGUCAGCCUCUUCUUCAUGUUCAUCGGGUUUAUCCUGAGUAACAUCGGGCACAUCCGUCCCCACAGGACAAUACUGGCCUUUGUCUCUGGCAUCUUCUUUAUCCUCUCGGGCCUCUCUCUUGUGGUGGGCCUAGUGCUCUACAUCUCCAGCAUCAAUGACGAGAUGCUCAACAGGACCAAGGAUGCAGAGACCUAUUUCAGCUACAAAUACGGAUGGUCAUUUGCCUUUGCUGCCAUCUCCUUCCUUUUAACAGAGAGUGCAGGGGUGAUGUCUGUGUACCUGUUCAUGAAGAGGUAUACGGCCGAGGACAUGUACAGGCCUCACCCUGGCUUCUACCGUCCACGUCUGAGUAACUGCUCCGAUUACUCCGGCCAGUUCCUGCACCCAGAUGCCUGGAUCCGGGGCCGCAGCCCCUCCGACAUCUCCAGCGACACCUCCCUUCAGAUGAACAGCAACUACCCAGCCUUGCUCAAGUGCCCCGACUAUGACCAGAUGUCAUCUUCUCCCUGCUGAACCCCAGCACCUCCCUGCCUGGACUGUGGACAGCCAGACAGCCCUUACCCUCCUCCCC